CCUUCCCUAUAAAGAGGAAGAGACAUCACCUCCUCCUUCAUACAACUCGAGAAUUAAUCACUUGUCCACUAAGGAAAUUAAAGCUUCUUCAUCUGCGAUCAUGUCUAAGACCGUUGUGCUAAAGGUCGGUAUGUCAUGCCAAGGCUGCGUCGGUGCGGUGAAUAGAGUUCUCGGGAAAAUGGAAGGAGUGGAAUCAUUCGACAUCAACCUCAAGGAGCAGAAGGUGACGGUGAACGGAAACGUCGAGCCAGGAGCGGUUCUCGAGACGGUUUCGAAGACGGGGAAGCCGACCGCUUUCUGGCCUGCGGAAGAAGCAGAGGCUGAGCAGCCAAAGCCUGUUGAAGCCGAGACGGAGACCGCACCCGUCGAUGGCAAGACUGAGCCGACCACCGAACCUGCCGUAGCAGCAGCUUGACUUAUCUCGUUUCACUCUAUUGUUGAUGGGUCACACACAUAUACACACAUAUAUAUACAUACAUAUGGUGUGAUACAAGCAACUCUUUUUAGUACCUCCUAUGUUUCUUGAAAUGUUUAACUCUAAUAAAUGGCACCCUAUAAAACGUUGAGGUACGGUCGCUUGCUUUA